AGCAAAACAAAAGCUGAAAGUCAAUUUGCUGAAAUUUUAUUUUCGGGCUAAAGCGACAUUUUCAUUAAAAAUGUCUUCGAAUUUCAGAUAUACAAUGGUGCGCACAGUGCGUCCAUAUGUUAAAUAUUUUCCACAACUAACAAAACCGGUACUUCGGGUACUCAUCAAGGUUUCUGUACAUUACCUGGAGAGUUCGAAGUGUUCACCGGAGGAGCUAGACUUGGAGUUAACUAAACUCACCCAUUCCGGCCAUGUUAUUCCAGACAAUUUUUGUGAAUUAUUUGCGGCUGUGCUACAAAUAAUGCAAAUAUUUUUGCGUACACCAAAAGGUAUUGUUAAGGAUUAUGAACUACGAGACUGCCUAAAGGAACUGAGGUUUACAGACGAAUGCGUCGACGAUUUAAGCAAGGUACUCUACAAUCAUCGUGCCUCAUUAACAAAAAAUUUCAUUGAGGCAAAGACAUCACGUUCUAAACCAAAAAACAUGCAAUGGCGCAUUAAUAUAUCACUGGGGGAAGGCGCGUGCAAUGGCAGUAUUAAUGCUCCAACUAUUAUACUGCACUUUCAACUACCAGAUGGUCGAUAUCGCACUUUGGAGUUUCCACUUGCAAUGUUCCAUCAACUGCGUUAUAAUGUAGCUCUACUUUUGAAUGAAAUGCAAGCAUUAGAGAGUCGAGCAGUUAUGAAGAAAUUUUAAGGCGUUAAUCGUGAGAUUUUCGGCGAUUCGGAAAUUAUGCAAUGUUACAUUUUUGAAGCCCGAUUAAAGCUGCUGUAGCUCAAUCGGUUACAGUAUAUAAUACGUGGCAAAUUU